AUGGUGGGUCUAUACAAGCUGCUGCUUCUGCUACUCCUCCUAUUGCCUGCACAUUGGAUCGCUGAGAGUAAGCUUGAUGCAAUUCCAACUAAAUUCGAGUGUGAAAACUAUAUGCCUACAUUUGUAACUAAUCUGACGUGCGUUUUGAAAUCUAAUAAUCGUAAUCAGACGGUGAUAGAUGCAGAUUUUUUUGUAGUGCGCGAGCUAAAUAAUACCUCAGUGUUGUUAUCUUUCCGCGCAAUGAUCGGUCUAAAUGUAUUAGAAGAGCACGCUGUAACGCGCAUUAUCCAAAACGCAGUAAGAAAAUCCGGCAACAUUCUAAGCGACUGUCCAUAUCAAAAGAACAAACAUUACUAUGUGCACGACUUCAAGGUCGAUGGAGAUUUAAUUCCACAAUACGUUCCCGAAAUGAACUGGACGUUAACUGGAGACCUCUUCAUAAAUCGACGCAAAACGAUACGCUUUGUGGCAUUAGGUCGUGUGGUGAAGGUCCGCAACACAUCCGGUAGAGUUAUACCGUGA